AUGCCGCACCGGAAGUCGGAACUGAUGAGACAUCUGCCGGGCUGGCUAUCCCAGGAGGACAAAUGGGGCUUCGACUCGGGCGCCAACAAGCUGCAGAAGAAUAUCAUGGCUGUGUGGGCCCCCGCGAGCAAGGCGAAGCAGUUCGUCCCCGACACUUGUAACUACAAGGCUACUCGACUACUUGGACCAGCUGGCGCCCCAGCGGGGCCAGCCUGUGUGGUCUGGUGGUGUUGGAAGCAACGGAUGCGGCGGGCGAAAGUCGAAGCAGGCCUCAACCCGCAGCCUCCAGACCCGUCCAAGCCCCUGUUGACGGCACCAGACAAGCGGGUUGUCCUGUCAGAGAGUCAGAUACAAGCUCUGCGCCAGGAGCUUGAUCUCGCUAGCAGACAAUUUCAAUUUUCCCGGACGCAAGAGAAAACGAGAAACAGCAAGUGGUGA